AUGACCGACUGCCAUUCUUCGUACGGCAGUGGCCUUCUUCCUCCGACUGAGCUUGUUGCUGCUGCGGCUGCUGCAGCUGCAGCUGCCGUCGAACAAUUUACUUCUGGAGCAGAAAAAUCCAGUGAUCAGAUGAGCACCAUAUCAUCAUCAAACACUUCUACCUCUGCUGAACAGCCAUCACCUCCAUACAGUGGAUCGAAGAGUAAUGAUCAGUUCUCUCCACCAGAAUCUUAUAUGGAUCAAAGAACGGAAACUCCAUCAUCUGAUCAGCUACAUCUUGACUUCUCAUCUAACAAUGGAUACUCUCCUGAUGGAACACAUAGCUCUGAUCGUGAUGAGUCUCCAGACACCGUCUCCACCUCUUCAGGUGCUGAGCUCCAUGCUGAUUCCACGGAUAUCAAACCUAUGAUAUCCGCUGAUGACUCUGAACUUCAACGACAGCUUUUACGGCUGCAAUCUUUUGCUGAGAGUGCUGGAGGCGAUAGCAACCCUCAGUUGAACCUUCUUCAAGCCUUCAGCAAUUCUUUGUUAGGAGAUAAACUCUCAGCUUCUCUAUUAGCGGAAAAGUUGAAACAACAAGUAGCGGCAGCUGCUGCUGCUAGUUCAGCUUCUGUGAACUCAAGUUCUAAUUCUGUAAACUCGACAGCAUCAGCCGUUCCAUUAGUACCAUUAGGAGCGACGUUACCUCAUCCAAUUACUACCGACAGUACGCCGACAAAGCGAAAGCGCCAACGCAGAAAUCCCGUCUGGCCAUAUUUUGAAGUCAUCGAUGGCACUGCUCGUUGUAAGCAAUGCUUAUACAGCACAAAAUCUGUUUUUAGUACAAAUCUCAAAGUUCAUUUGCGAUCCCAUCAUAGAGCAGAUUACGAUAAAGUUAUCCAAGCUGAAGAUGCUUUGAAUCUGAACGCUCUCUUGUUGAGUGGAAACUCGAACAAACUGUUCUCACCUGAUCCACGUAAAAGGAUACCUCCAAUGACAAGUAGCAUCCUGAUGACCAUCAACAAAUUAGCCAAUCAAACUAAUAAUGAAGAUAAUCCAUUGAAUAGCGUACUCCGUCAGACUUUAGCUGCUGGAACUCUCAGCCAACAACUUCAACAAGUCCAGAAUCAUCUGGCUCAACAACAGAAACAACAACAACAACAGAGUUCUGUUCCACAAUUCCCAUUGAAUGCUGCCAAUCUGGCUGCUCUGAAUAAUUUAGCUCGUAAUCAGUUUGGAUCUAAUAAUCAAUCAACCGAUAUUCAAGCUCCACAUGGCACUGAUGCCAAUGGUAUGCCACAGCCAAAACGAAGACGGCUUCGCCGCCAUCCCGUCUGGAUGUUUUUCCGAGAUCUCGAAGACCGAAUGGUUGGAUGUAUAAAUUGUAACUUCCGAACGGGUUCAGCUUUCAGUACAAACCUUAAAAUGCACUUGAAAGCUCAUCAUAAAGAAGAUUAUGAGCGGGUAUUGAAAUUAGAAGACGAUAUGCGAAUUGAAGAAGGAAUAUUUGGACCACCAAACAAGAUGAAAUCUGAACUGAUAGACUUCAUUCGCGGUGGAGGAAAUGCUUCAACUCCUCAAAACAAUUUAAAUUCCGCAAACCCUAAAGCUUCUCCUUUAGUUCAACAAAUUUUGAAUCAAACAAUGGGAAAUAGAACAGGAACAUCAAGCCCACAGCUCAAGAAAGAAAGUUCUGAUGAUGAUCCAUUCAGUGGAAUGUCCAUGUCUGAUAAGUUGGCCGCUCUUGUUGGUUUGGCUCCACCAGCUGGCAGUGUUGAGGGAGAAGUCACCGACGAUGACAAAUCUCAAACAACAUUCCGUUCAUCGUCUUCAUCUGCCUCGAAUCCAUUCGAAGAACUUCGAAGAGCAGCUGAACGAAUCGUCGCAGCCAAUAUGGGUUUACAGCCUCCUCCACAAGAGUUCACAAUGGUUAACUUGAAUGGAUCAAUAGUUCAGCCAGAAGAAAAACCAUCUCCAACUAACUCAAGCACUGAUAUCUGUGAUGAUAAGAAGAAUGAUAGAGAUCGCGCACUUGCCAGAUUUUGGCUUGAUCAGGGAGGAAAUGAUGAUCUCUUAACGAGUGAGAUAUUCAAGGAACUUCUCCGCUCAUUAGCUCCGGAAUACGAAAUUCCAGCACCAAGUCAUCUGGCUGCUCUGGUUGAAGAAGAGGGAGCUCUUACAACUGUUGGCUUACAUUAA